GGGUUAUUUUUUCUUCAUUCAUUCAUUUUACAAAGAUGGAGGUUGAAAGUAGUGAUACCGGUGGUAAAAAGCAUUUGGAAAAUGUUUUAUCGGAAGAGGAAUUGGCUACUUUGCCUGCUCCAGUUGCGGAGAAAAUAAAUACAUAUAUUGACCAACAAUUUGAAGAAUAUUUGACAUCUAAAGCGCUCCACGAGACCAGUAAAUCUCAAAUUGGAGAUAAAAUUGCCACUUCAGAAGCUACUAUACUGGAAUUAACAGCUAAGUAUGAUGAAGCUGCAAAAAAGUUACAAACUGCUGAUGAAACAGUAACUGAACUGAGUAAACAAGUAGAAUCACUCAAUGCCGAAUUACAAAAAGCUCGUGAUAAAAUAGGACGGCUAGAAAAUGAAAUUAUAUCUCUUAAAAGCUCUCGAGAUGCUGCUGUUGAUGAAAGAAAUGACCUGACCCGAAUCCUACAACGACGAGAUGCAGAAAUUGAAAGAUUAACAACAAAUGAAGCAUCAAUUUCACAACAGCUGCGUGCAGCUAUUGAUGCAAAAUGUGAGGCAUUGGCCAUGAAUGAUGAAAUUCAAAGUAAAGAACUCUCUCUUCAAUACCGUGAAAAAAGAAUAGAACAAGAAAGAAUCCUUUUGAAUUCUCAAAUUUCAGGACUUACAGAGGAGGUGAACAGACUUACUUCUGAACUUCAGACGUCAAGACUUAACAGUACUAGUAGACUUGUCAAUUUGGAGACCCAGUUAGCUGAAAAGGUCGAGGAGCUUAAUGUAGCUAAUGAAACAAUUUCACAAUUGAAUGAAGUAAAAAAGAAUCUAAAUAAUCGUGCUGAAAAUUUGACACAGAGAUUGAUGGAGCAAAGAGAAAUAGAAAAUAAAAUGACUGAGAACUAUAAAAAAGAAUUAGAUGCUAAAACGAAACUGGCAGAUUUGUUCAAAACUAUGCAUGAUGAUGCAGAGGCAAAAACACAAGAACUUACUGAAGGAAUUGCUGAACUCCAAAAAAUGUUAAAUGAAGCUACUGAAAAGUAUGGUGAACUGGAAACGAAAUACAAACAAGCUGAAUUAGAUCAUGAAGAGUUAAUGGAAAAAAAAAAUGAAGUUAUAGCAUCUUUGAAAAAUGAAUUGGAACAUGCGAAUGAUCUACUAAAAGCUGCUAAUGCUCAAAAUCUGGAUCUGGCUUUAAGUGAUUUAGCGCCAUCUGCGGCCACAGCAAGUAAACUUUUGAAGUCAGGGAUGUCAUUAACUCAAAUUUAUUCACAAUUGGUGAAAGUGACUGAAGAUUUAGCUCAAGAAAAAGAAGAAAAUAGGCGUCUUAAUAUUACUAUUAACACGAUAGUCCAAGAAUUAGAAGAAAAAGCCCCAGUCUUACAAAAACAGAAAGCUGAAUAUGAGGAAGCUCUUGAAAGUAAUACAGCAUUAUCACAACAAAUUGAUUCAUUAGUGACCGAGUGUAAUAGAUUGAGGGAUGAUUACAGUGAAUCAUCUAAAAUUGCUAAUCAUUACACAAGAGAGAAUUCAAAAUUAAAAGGAGAGUUGGCCGAUUUAGGUCGUCAAGUAUGUUUCCUACUCAAAGAAAUUGAACAUAGUAGAGGAGGGCUAAUACCCAAUGGUGAUCAUGACUCAUCUCACACAGCUUCUAACACGACAAAUUCAUCAGAACUCAGUUCAUCUCGAAUCAUUUCUAAAACCCUAGUUACAUUUAGUGACAUUCAAGAGUUACAGGCAAAUAAUCAAAAAUUGCUGAGAAUGGUUCGUGAAUUAACAGAUAAGCAAGAAGAGUUUGAACGUCAUAAAGAACAAUAUGAAAGUGGUGAGCUUCAAACUAAAAUUGAAUCAUUGAAGAAUAGAGUAACCGAAUUAACUGAAGCUCAAGAAAGACAAACAAAAAUGGUUAAUGGACUCAUAAGACAGCGAGAUAUGUUUAAGAAACUUUAUCAUGAUCUUAUGAAGGGAAAACGCCAUGAGUCUGCCUUUACAUUAGAUACUUCUGAUUUAGAAAAAGGUGACUCUUAUGCCAUGGAUACUUCUUCUGAGAAGCUUAAUAAAUCUGCAACAGUCGAAACAAAUUUUGAAAUUAAAUACAAAGAAACUGAAAAACAAUUAGAACUUCUUAAAGAAGAAUUCAAAACUUACAAAGAGGAGAAAAUUACCAAUGAAAGAAUGUUGUUUGAACAAAUUGAUAAUAUGAGGCAGGAGAUAGGAAAACUUACAGCAGCCAACAGUAAGUGUGCAUCUACUUCUGAAUAUAACAAUGAAAGACUUAAGAUUUUGCAAAUAAAUAUUGCCACUUAUAAGAAACAAAUAUCUUCAUUAGAAGAAAAGAAUAAAGCAUAUAAUGCUACGAUAGCUAAACAUGAAGUGUCUUUGCAACAUUUACGAGAUGAAGCACUAAAUGCUCAGAGUAAACUUUCGGCUGCAGAAAUACAAGUUGAAAAUUUAAGACUGGAAUGCAAAUUACUUAAAGAUGCUGAAGUGCGUUUGCAAACAGAGAAAGAAAUUUUAAAUAGAGAAAGGCAAGGGCAGUCCAUGUUAAUGAAGAAUUUGGAAUUGAUAAAGGCAAGUUUAGAACGUGUGGAAGCUGAAAAUCGUACCAAAUUGGAAUCAAGAUUGGAUGAAGCUACAAGAGAAUGUUCGGCUCUAAGAAGACGAUUACAGGAAGAACAAGAUCGAUUUAGAGAAUUGGCUGCUCAUCUUGAACGCCAAACAGAAACUGCCAAAACACGUAUGCAAGAAGAAAAGGAUGCAGCUGACGUUAUGCGAACCGAAAUACAACAAUUGCGAGAAAAUCUUUUGGAAAAGAACAAAUCUAAUGAGGAACUUGCAAAGAGACUUAAGAUGGCAUUAGCGCCAAGUACAGAUGGGGCAUUUGAAACAAUAAAGAAAAUAAGAGAGCUAGAAAAUAAGUUAUCUGAUGGAGACACUGAAAUUAAAUCGCUUCAAGAUCAAUUGGCUGUCGCUAAAGAGCAUAUUAAACAAUAUUGUGAUAUUUCUGAGUCUGCGGAAAAAGAACUAAAGAACCUUCAUAGUGAGUAUCAAACAUAUAAAUCUGAAACUGAAACAAAAUUGACAGAUUAUGUACAGAAAAUACAAAACUUGGAAGAUAAAUGUUCCGAAUUAGAGGCUGAACUAUCUCUUCAUGCAAAUGGUGAACAUUCCAAUAGCAAUAGUAUUUUGAAAACUGAAUUAACUAAUGUAAAAGAAGAAUUGCAAAGCGCUUUGGAAAAUUAUAAUAGCUGUCGUACAGAACUUGAAGAAUCACGAUUAGAAAUCACUAAAUUAUCUGAAGCAGUUCAAAAUGCUGAAGAGAAAUAUUCACAUGAAAUGAUUUUGCAUUCUAGUGACAUUCAAGCUCUGACACAAGUUAAGGAGGAAUUAUCUAGAGUACAAAAUCAAUUGAAUGAACUAGUUGCGCAAAAAAACAGUGCUCUUGAAAAACUAGAGACUGAAAAGGCGGCUUGGGAAGAAAGGCAGAAGAUUCUUAUUGGAGAAAAUGAUCAACUAACACAGCGUUUGAAAGAUCUAAAUGAUCAAAAUACCUUACUGCAUGAUCAAAUCCAAGCUUUAGGCACACAAUUAUCAGUUUCCCAUGCUUCUAGAUCAUAUUCCGAAAGUAUGAAUGAAUCUGCCAAUGAGUCAUUGAAUGCAUCUGUGACUGAAGAAGAUGGAAAAUCUUCUGAACAAUUAUUCCAAAUAGUUAAAUUCUUGAGGAAAGAAAAAGAUAUUGCUAUGGCUAAAUUUGAUAUUCUACAGGCAGAAUCUAUGAGACUUAAAUCACAGCUGGAAAUUGCAGAAAAACAACUUGAUGAUGCCAAAUUAGCUUUGGCUGCAGAAAGGGAAAGAUCUGAAGUAAAAAUGGUAACAGUGAAUAAGCAAUCUGACAUUUUAAGAAAAGUCGAGACUUUAAAUGCUCUAACAGACAGUAACAGAAUUUUGAGAGAAGAACGUGAUAGUCUCUCUGCUAGAGUUGAAGAACUUACUACAUUGGUAAAAUCACUUGAAGAUAAACUUUUACCUUUACAAGAAAAGAUAUCGGACUUGACUUCCAAAAAUGAAACUUUAGUAUCUGAAAAUACAGCUCUGAAGGCAGAUUGUGCUAGAUGGAGAACGAGAGUGAAUGCUUUGGUUGAAAGAGCAAAUAAGACUAGUCCAGAGGAUUGGAAACGACUACAAAACGAACGUGAAACAUUGGCUAAAAUGUUAACCAAUGAAAAAGAGAUGGUAAGAAAACUUACUGAAGAGUUAGGAUCAGUCAAAGUAGAAAAAACUAAAGUUGAAGAACAUUACACAUUAAUGUCGAGACAACAGAGCCAAUUGGUUGAAGAAAACAAAAAGCUUAAUGAAGAAAUACAAGUUCUUAAAGAUGAUACGUCACGAAUUACCGAAGAACUUACUAAACUAAAAGCUGAAGUUAUGUCUGCUAAUGAGUCUAACACCAAAUUAUCUGAUGAAUUGUCGUCCAAGGAUGCUUCUUUAACAGACAUCAGAAAUAAAGAAAUGCAAAUUAGGAAAAUCGCUAAGAAAUAUAAAGCUCAAUAUGAAGAACUUGUGAAAACAACAGAAGAAGAUAAAAAGAAAUCUGAAGGAGAAGCAGCGGCUGCAGGCAGUGCCUUGGCUGAAAGUACCAAGCGUCUUGAAGAGCAGUUGAGCGAGCUUCAAUCUCAACUGGAAACUGAAAGGGCGAGUAAUGAACAACUAAAACAAGAACUUGAAGCUCUGAGAACUGCAAAUUUAGAUAAAGAAGACAAAGCUAAACAAGUACUGAAACAUGCGAAAAACAAAAUAGUGCAACUAACUGAAUUAAAAAAUACUCUAAGCCGGGAGCUGGACGAAUCGCGUAACCUCGCUCAGAGUACUCGUGAUGAGCAAGAUGUUCGCUUGGCUCUUAUAAAGUCCCAGUAUGAGGGUCGUCUUUCGAGACUAGAAAAAGAAAGAGGCGAGGCACAAGCUGAAAAAGCUAGGGAAGUAGAGGCUCUGAUGCAAAAAGUUAACAUGCUGCAGAGACAGUUAGCUAGCCAAUCAUCAAGCUCAAAACAACAGACUACGACGGAGAAGACUACUACUGAUCCUCCCACCGCCAACAUCAAGCCCAUGGCUGGUGUAGCCCAACAGAGCGUGAGCGCGAGAGGGCGGGGCGGCGAGACUCCGCUGGCGUCCAUCCGUCCGAUGGCGCAAGUGGGCCCCACAGCGCCGCACGACGCGCACAGCACCGAGUACAUGCCCGCCUCCUCCUCGCGACCCCUGCCCCGCGCCGCGCUAGCCGCCUCCUCCGCCUCCGCAUCGUCCGCCCCACCGGAGUCCACGCAGGAUAUGGAUACCAGUGAGGUCGGUAUGGGCAGUUCCGGAUCUAGUGAAAAUAGUGCUCAACCUUCUACACAUUCCCAGGCUCCACAACAGGCCGUAGCACUAGUAAUGCCGCGCAUCGAGCAGACAAGCGGCGCGGCGAGCGGCGCGGGCAGCGUGUCCGCCAGCUCGCACGCGCCCAGCGUCACCAGCGUGGCAUCGCCGCAACCGCCGGCUGCGCCCGUCACAGGAGCAACAAGCGGCGUGCAAGCAUCAGCGAGCUGCGCCGGCGCCGCGUCAGGCAGCGUGAGCACGUCGCACGCGCCGCCCGGCGUCAGCACGUCCGCGCCCGCGGGGGUGAGCACGUCCGCGCACGCGCCGCCUGAACAACGACCCGCCAAGAGGAGGCUCCAGCCGAGACCCAUCACCGCUAAGAGGACCAGGGUGCAGGGCUUCGAGCGGUCUGUUGAGGUAGAGUAUCAAGUGCCGACAUCAUCGCGAUGCGAGGAUGACGAAGGUGUUAUAGUUGUUGACUCCGAAGAAGACGACGAAAGAUGUACUGGCACUAUGUACAGGGAAGGUGAAGAGGAUGAAGAAGAUAUGGAAGAAGAACAGGAGGUGGAGGGCGGCGAAGAAGAAGAGGAGCCCGAGGGUGACGAUGGAGAAAGUGCGGCACGGCAGGAAUCUCCUGCGCAAUCCCCGGAAGCAGGCGACGAGGGGGAAGAGGCGGAGGUGGGGGAGGAGGCUGAGGAGGGCGACGACGCGGACGCCGCACAGCCCGACCUCGCGCCCGCCAGGCCGCAGAUAGAGGCCAUCAGCAGCGGCACUGAACCAAGCGGAACGCUUUCCCUGGGUGGCAACGGAGGUGACGAUGGAGAUGAUAGCAUAGUUCCUUCAACUCCAACCCUCUAUGUUCCGAGACGCAAUGACGGCUUCGGCGAGGCGGUGGUGUCGCCGCUGGGCGCGGGCGCGGGCGCGGGCGCGGGCGGCGCGCGCUUCACGUUCGCGGAGGCGGGCGCGGCGUCCGCGCACCACGACACGCACGCCGACCUCGCGCCCGCGCUGCCCCCUCCGGCGCAGCCCAAGCCGACUGACUCGCAGCGCGCUGAAGGUACGGAGUCUCGUGACUGGGAGGAGUCCCGUGGGGAGGAAGAAACCACUGCAGUCAGUUCACAGGGAAGCGAGCCAUCUUCACCACACCAGCCGGCCGAGGAAGGUCGCGAGGCGGAGGCUAGCGCGCCGACGGCGGCCAGCACGGCGGCCGCACGCCGCGCCCCGCUCGCGCCGCACCAGCCGCCCGCCGCGCCCGCGCCCGCCCCCGCCCCCGCUCCCGCGCCCGCCCCCGCUCACCACCAACGAUGGAUGCGAGCCGCAGAUAGCGAAAGUGGAAAUCGAGGACGUGGGAUGAGGUCACGAGGCCGGCCGUCGCGAAGAUCCCAUAAUUAUCAUAGGUUUUAAAAUAAAUAAAGCCAUACAUUAAAUACAUUUUCCUAAGGUAAUAAAUAAAUAUUGAUGUAUUCAUGUACGCGACUAAGUUAAAAUGACAUAUUCAAUUUUUUUCAAUUGAUAAUACUAAAAUUAUUCAGGACCUAUAAUGUUUGAAGAUUCAUAAACGAUGAUGUGUGAUUCUGCUAGUGAUGAUAAUGUAUGAUUAAUCUGAACUAUUCCAUAUAAGACUCGAUAUGGGUGUGUAAUUUUAAGCAUUGUUUUGGUAAAUAUAUUUCGUAGAAAAUAAAUGUUUAAAAACUUCU